GAAUCAAAGUAGCUUUUCAACUUCCACAUUACCAACAACUCUUGUAAUAACAAUUAAAGACCUAAAGCAAAUAUCAACAGUUCAAGAAUAUGUAUCAUACUUCAGAAAUCUGCUAAGGCUAAUAGAAAAAAUGUAUAAAGCUAAUAAGGUGAUAUAUUUUACAGAAGGACUAAAAGGAGCUACAAAAGUAGAAGUCAACUAUUGGGCCUCUGAAAUAUUAGAUAAUGUAGUGAAACUUGCUAUCAGUUAUAAUACAGCAAUGUAUGAGUCUUUUGAAACUUAUAAAGAACAAGAGCUCACACCAAUGGAAUUGGAUAAAACAGAAAUUAAAAAUAAUAAACAGAAAGGUUUUUUAAGAACAAAUAAAAACAAAAUAUUAAUAAAAGAACAAAAACAAAUUUACAAAAAGAAUAGUCAGUACUCUGUAUGUAGUAAAAAGGAUAUUGGGCAAGAGAUUGUUAAAAUAAGA